UCUGUUCUACUGUCUGAAUGAACUGAACGACCAAACUCUGGUGAAAAACAUUCAGACCCACCUUAGCAAAGGAAGUCUCUCGUCUGCUGAUCUUUCACCUGCCCAGUGGUCUGCUUUGGUCUUUGUGUUGCUGACAUCAGAGGAGGAGCUGGAGGAGUUUGAGCUUCAGAAAUUUAAGAAAUCAGACGAGUGUCUCAUUAGAUUAUCAGCAGUCAUCAAAAUCUGCAAAAGAGCUCUGUUAAAUGAUUGUGGCUUAACUGACAAAAGCUGUCCAGCUCUGGCUUCUGUUCUUGGAUCAGAUACCAAUCUGAAAGAGCUGAACAUGAACAAUAAUAAUCUUCAGGAUGAUGGAGUUGAGAUGCUCUGCACUGGAUUGAAAAAUAUUAAUUGCAAAUUAGAGAUACUGAGUCUGAAGAACAACUGUAUCACAGAAGGAGGUUGUCAUGUUCUGGCUGCAGCUCUAAAUUCAAACCCUUCAAAUCUGACAGAGCUGGAUCUGAGUGAAAAUAAACUAGGAAAUCCAGGAAUGAAGAUCAUCUUGACUCUGUUUGAAAAUGUACAGUGUAGACUGGAAAAGCUGAAGUUAAACUGCAUCAGUAUUACAGAUGAAGGUUGUGCUGCUCUGGCAUCAGGAUUUAAUUCAAACCUCAGAGAGCUGGAUCUGAGCAGGAAUCAAUUAGGAGACUCUGGAGUGACAGAAAUCUCCAGUCUGCUGAGAAAUUCACAGACACUACAGAUACUCAGACUUUCAAACUGCAGUAUCACUGAAGAAGGUUAUGUAGCUCUGUCUUCAGCUCUGAGAUCAAACCCUUCACACCUGAUAGAGCUGGAUCUCACAGGAAAUGAUCCUGGAGAAUCAGGAGUGAAGCAGAUCAGUGAUUUACUACAGGAUCAAAACUCUCAACUCAAGACACUGAGGUUUUUGGGUCCUGCUGCAGAUGAAGGCUGUCAGUAUGUGACUGGAAUUGUGGGUAAAAACCCAUUACUCCUGAGAGAGCUGAAUCUGAGUGGACUUAAAUUAAGAGACACUGGAGUGCAUCAGAUCUCUGCUCUACUGCAGGAUAAACACUGUACACUCAACACACUGAAUCUGAAGAACAACUGUAUCACAGAAGAAGGUUGUCAUGUUCUGGCUGCAGCUCUAAAUUCAAACCCUUCAAAUCUGACAGAGCUGGAUCUGAGUGAGAAUAAACUAGGAAACCCAGGACUGAAGAUCAUCUUGACUCUGUUUGAAAAUGUACAGUGUAGACUGGAAAAGCUGAAACUUUCAGACUGCAGUAUCAGUGAAGAAGGUUAUAAAGCUCUGUCUUCAGUUCUGAGAUCAAACCCUUCACAUCUGAUAGAGCUGGAUGUCACAGGAAAUGAUCCUGGAGAAUCAGGAGUGAAGCUGCUCAGUGAUUUACUACAGGAUCCAAACUGUCAGCUCAACACACUGAGGUUUUUGGGUACUUCUGCAGAUGAAGGCUGCCAGUAUGUGGCUGGAAUUGUGGGUAAAUACCCGUUACUCCUGAGAGAGCUGAAUCUGAGUGGACGUAAACUAGGAGACACAGGAGUGAAUCAGAUCUCUGCUCUACUGCAGGAUAAACACUGUACACUCAACACACUAAAUCUGUGUGAUUGCAGUAUUACAGAGAAACAGUGUCUCAUCCUGACUUCAGCUCUGAAAUCAAACCCAUCACACCUGAGAGAGCUGAAGCUGAGCGGGAAUAAACUACUAGGAGACUCUGGAGUGAAACACCUCAGUGAUCUACUGAUGAACACACAAUUCAAGCUGGAGAAACUAGAUCUAUGUGAAUGCAGUAUUACAGAGAAACAGUGGCUCAUCCUGAUUUCAGCUCUGAAAUCAAACCCAUCACAUCUGAGAGAACUGAACCUGAGUCUGAAUCAAUUAAACACAGGAGUGAAUCACUUAUGUGACGUACUGAAGGAUUCACGCUGUAAACUGGAGAGAUUGAGUCUGUGUAGAUGCAGUAUUACAGAGAAACAGUGUCUCAUCCUGACUUCAGCUCUGAAAUCAAACCCAUCACACCUGAGAGAACUGAACCUGAGUCUGAAUCAAGUAAAAAACACAGGAGUGAAUCACUUAUGUGACGUACUGAAGGAUUCAUGCUGUAAACUGGAAAUAUUGAGUCUUUAUGACUGUGACAUUACAGAUGUUUCUUCUUUAACUCAGUCUUUGACAAACACAAAAGCUCUGCAGUUUCUAAAAGAGCUUGAUCUGAGAGAGAAUAAGAUUGGAGACUCAAAGCAGAAGCUCAUUGAUGUGCUACGAGACUCAAACUGUAAACUGAUUGAAGAUGAUUAUAAUUAUGAUGAUGAUUAUGAUGAAGACGAAGAUGAAGACGAAGAUGAAGAUGAAGACGAAGAUGAUGAUGAUGAUGAUGAUGAUGAUGAUGAUAAAGAUUCACUGUCAAAAGUCCCUAAUAGAGUUAAUUCAGCAAAAGCUGAUGAAUGCUGUAUCUCAUAAACUGAAGGUGAUCUUGAGAGGAGCAGUAAACAUCAGCUGAAGAUCCACAGAAGAGCUUCACUACUGUGUCUAUGAGGAGAAAUAAAUGUGUGAUAAAUGUGUAAAUGUGAUCCAUACAGGUGAAGAGACUCAGACUUUACAAUCAAAUAAUGCAGCAUGUGUGUUAGAAACAUGAUAUUGAAUGAUUAAUGUUGCUUUAGUAUUCAAGCAGAUGAUCAUUGUGUUUAAUGUAAAGCUGGAACAGAGGAGGAAGAAGCUCAGAUGAGUCUGUCUGGCUCUUCAGUUUAAUAAUAUUUCUAUUAAACUCGUUCAUAAUGAUUCAGAUGUUUCAAUGUGAUUGUCAAGUGCAGCACUUAAAUGUGUCAAAAGAUAUAAAGCAAAUCUACAAUGUGUCAAAUUUCCAUG